AUUGUUGUGAUAAACUUAUUAAAUAGAGAAAGAUGAAUGCGCCCCCGUCAUUUGAAUCAUUUCUUCUGCAUGAUGGAGAAAAGAAGCUUAUUGUUCAGAAAGAUACAAAAGUACCGAAUGCUGCCCAUUUUACGCUGAAUCGUGAAGAUCACACUGUCGGAAAUUUGAUAACAAAUCAAUUACUGAAGGACCCUUGUGUAAUUUUUGCUGGAUAUCGACAGCCUCAUCCACUUGAGAAUAGUGUUGUUAUAAGAGUGCAAACAACGCCAGGAAGAACCCCUCAUGAUGCCUUCAAAGAAGCCGUCAGUGAUCUGCUCUCCGAAAUGUCACUGAUAGAAGAAAGAUUCAAAUCAGCGGUUCAACAGCAUCAGAAAGGCGAUACAUUUAGCUGAUACGUUUCUUUGACGAAAAAUUGUUCCAUGUUUCAAAUUCAUUGUUUUUGUUAAA